UUUUCUUGUCUCCCACAAUUUAUGUCCCUGUCCAAGUGUCCAUCCCAUACAACAUUAACAAUUAAUCAGGCCAUUGGUUCGUACAUGAAGCCUUAAUUCUAGCUUGGCUGAUUGAUAUAUUUAGUCACAUAGGCAGAAAGAAGUCAAGAGCAAGCAAAAAAUUGUUCAAACCCCACGAUUCUUUUCCAUAAAUUCUUGCUACUUUCUCGAGUUUCAAGUAAGUUUGGAGUGCUUAAUGGGGUGUGCUUGGUUGUCUUGAAUUGAGUUGGUUUAUGUACGAAUGAGAAAACAUGACUAGUACAAGUGAUGCUGCUAAUAGUACAUCAACGACAACAACAACUGCAUCAAAGUUCAUCAAAUGUGUGACUGUCGGAGAUGGAGCUGUUGGCAAGACUUGUCUUCUCAUUUCCUACACCAGCAAUACCUUUCCCACUGAUUACGUUCCGACAGUUUUUGACAACUUCAGUGCCAAUGUGAUUGUUGAUGGUCAGACCAUAAAUCUUGGACUUUGGGAUACCGCUGGUCAAGAAGACUAUAACAGACUGAGGCCUCUUAGUUAUAGAGGGGCUGAUGUUUUCAUCCUUGCUUUUUCUCUCAUAAGUAGGCCUAGCUUUGAGAACAUCUCGAAAAAAUGGGUUCCAGAGCUAAGACAUUAUGCCCCAUCAGUGCCCAUUGUUUUAGUGGGGACCAAACUAGAUUUAAGAGAUGAUAAGCAGUUCAAGCUGGACUAUCCAGGGGCAUGUACUAUUUCUCCUGAACAGGGCGAAGAACUGAAGAAGCAAAUAGGAGCUGUGGCAUAUAUUGAUUGCAGUGCAAAGACACAACAGAAUGUGAAGGCAGUAUUUGAUGCUGCAAUUAAGGUGGUUCUGCGGCCUCCGAAGUCCAAAAAACAGAAGAAGAAACGCAGAGCCUGCAAAAUACUUUAAAAACAAACUAGCUGAAAGUAUUGUGAAGCUCAGUUUAAGGACGAAAACUUCCUAAUUGAUGUAAUUAAUAUUCUGCGUCCAUUCUAUUUUCUUUGUGGGAUAUGUAUGAAUUUUUCCCCUUCUUUUAACUGCGUGAUAUGCUGUUUUCCUGCAAAAUCUAUUGUUCAAAAAAAUUGAAUCUA